GGUCGAGUGGAUGAGUCGGAGAUGAGAGGAGAUAAACGUCGAUCAACGGGGAUGCUCGGUUAUUCCCGGAGGCCUGACACUGGCCGGGGCUACUGCUAGCUGGACCAGCGGAAGACCACGCUCCGGGUGAACGUGUGCGCCAAUCGCGGAUCGCGGUUAGCCUUUCCGUCUUUCUCCGUCUGUAUUGGUCUCCGGCCACUCGGCCGGAAGUCACGGUAUAUAUCCAGGACAGGGGCAGCGUGCACGACACACCGAGCCGACGACGCUCGAGAUCGAUCCUCGGGGAAGACCGCUGGCGUGUAUCAGCUUGAUUACUAUUACGGAAGACGGAUGGACGGGGGGCGGAGAGGGUUAUGAACGGCGCCGGACCCGUUACGGCCUGAUUUCCUCGGGAAAAUGGAAAUGAUCGAGGACCGAUCCGGACCGCGCGGGGCUUCUCGCUCGAUCGACGCGGGGAAUUAGCGGCCGCGUGAACCGACGCGGACUCGGUUCACGCCGGGACUGCUGACGGAUCGGGGAUUGCGGCUCCGCCGUGGAUCGUGUGUCGCGGACGCUGGAGGAAUUCGAUGAUCUUUGAGACAAGAAGUCCGGAGUUCCGAGGGUUGCGCAGCUCGGAAAGUACGUAAAGUUUAACAAAGCGGCGCGGGCACAAUGUGAAGUGUCCUCACCUCGUUCUCAACUUCCGCGAGUUAAAGCGGAGACGUCCCCUACCAUUGCUCUCAAUGGUAAUUAAUUCAGACCUAAGAUGAUAUGGAGUCUGAGGACGAAGUGGACGAGAAGUUGCCGGAGCCGGAAGACGCAGAGGUGAAUCACAAUGGUAACUUAGAGAGCAUCGGUACCAUGAAAAUUUCGACGAAACCGAUGGCCUCGAAGUCGGCAGAGAGAAGCGAGUGCCAGCUUGUGUGCUCGCCGAAUUCCGAGGAAGCCGAGGAACCCGACGCGCCCGACCCGUCCAAGGAACCCGGCAAGAUGAGGGCGUCCACGCAAGAGAAAUCAAAAUUACCUUUAAGCCCCAGCACCAAGACUGAUAUCAAAGAUGGCGGCGACAUAGUCAGACUAUGCAGGAGCAAAAGGAUCACCUGCCAGGAGACGAUACACGAGUACGACGAGGACGAUGGUUUAACUAUGGAGAAAGUUGGAAGGUACCUAGAGGCGCAUCCAGACGCGGCGGAAGCUUGGCUCCGUGAGAACGCUAGCCUUGAGCUCCGUCAACGCCUCCAAGGAGUGAGCAGCGUCGUGCCGCAGAGCAAGCCACCGGAAGUGAGGAGCACGCACCAAGAGGAGAACCCGCUCGCCAGGAGCAAACGGAACAGCGUCACGUCCGACCUGUUCCAGUCGUGGCUGGCUUCCAGUUCACCGGCGAAGAGGAGCAAGAGUCCUAACAGGACCUACUCGUCGCUAGUAGGACGACGAGAGGAGCUGAACAGGCUAGACGAUAGCGACCUGUUCAUGGAACUGAUCAGAGACGUGGCGAACGAGCUGGACAUCAACGUUCUCUGCCAUAAGAUCCUAGUGAACGUUGGCCUGCUGACGCACGCGGAUCGAGGCAGCCUGUUCCUGGCCAAAGGACCCUUGGAGGACAGGUACCUGGUAGCCAAGCUGUUCGACGUGACGCAGGACACGGAGCUGGAGGAGGCUAUCCAAAAGGCGAAGAACGAGGAGAUCAAGAUACCGUUCGGCAUAGGGAUCGCGGGCUACGUGGCUCAGACCAAAGAGAUCAUCAACAUCAAGGACGCGUACAAGGAUCCGCGGUUCAACAGCACGAUCGACAUGCGCACGGGCUACAAGACGACCCUGAUCCUGUCGAUGCCGAUCUGCAACUACGAGGGCGACGUGAUCGGCGUGGCGCAGAUCAUCAACAAGACGAACGGCAGCAACGAGUUCACCGACAGGGACGUCGAGGUGUUUCAAAGGUACCUAACAUUCUGCGGGAUCGGUAUACAGAACGCGCAACUGUUCGAGCUAUCCGUGCAGGAGUACAGGAGGAAUCAGAUACUGCUGAACCUGGCGAGGAACAUAUUCGAGGAGCAGAACAACCUCGAGUGUCUGGUGACGAAGAUCAUGACCGAGGCGAAGGAGCUGCUCAAGUGCGAGAGAUGCGCGGUGUAUCUGUUGGAUCUCGACUGCGGCGAGGCAGGACACCUCGAGAAAAUCGUCGAACGGCCGGGAAAGUCGACGCAAGAGUCCAGAAAACCGCUGUCGAGACGAGAGAGCAACAACAUCGAAAUGGAGGACAUUUUCCAACAGCACGCGUCGAACGAUGGCAAUAAGUUCACGACCAUCUUCGAGAUGGACAACAAGAGCAAAGAGGCGAAGGUUUACAGGCCGAGCGCGAACGAUCUCGCGAGUCCUCUCGGUCAGAUCGCCAGAUACGUCGCAGCGACCGGUCAAAUAUUAAAUAUCGGCGACGUGGCCAGUUGGCUGAAGAAAGACGUGAUGCAAUCCGGGAACGAGCCUAUCAAAAGUAUCCUCUGUAUGCCCAUCGUGAACGGCCAGAGGACCGUCAUCGGCGUCGCUCAAUUAAUCAACAAGGACAAUGGGACGUCUUUUACUGAUUCCGACGUGUCGAUCUUCGAGGCAUUCGCGAUCUUCUGUGGCCUGGGGAUCCACAACACGCAGAUGUAUGAGUCUGCUUGCAAAUUGAUGGCCAAGCAAAAGGUCGCACUCGAGUGUUUGAGUUAUCACGCGACAGCCAGCAACGACGACACCCUCAAGCUGACUUCUGAGCCGAUACCGUCCGCGGAAACGUUCAAUCUGUACAGCUUCACGUUCAUCGACUUCGAUCUGACCGACGAGGAUACCUGCAGGGCAACCAUCCGAAUGUUCAAGCAGUGCAAUUUGAUUCAGAAGUUUCAUAUACCGUACGAGGUUCUUUGCAGGUGGAUACUCAGCGUAAAGAAAAAUUACAGGCCAGUGAAGUACCACAAUUGGAGGCACGCGCUGAACGUCGCGCAGACGAUGUUCGCCAUGUUGAAAACCGGGAAGAUGGAACAAUUCAUGACCGAUCUAGAGAUCCUAGGACUGCUAGUUGCCUGCCUGUGCCACGACCUGGAUCACCGAGGAACGAACAACGCGUUCCAAACGAAAACCGAGUCUCCACUGGCGAUUCUCUAUUCUACCAGCACCAUGGAGCAUCAUCACUUCGAUCAGUGCGUGAUGAUUCUCAACUCGGACAGUAAUAACAUCUUCCAAAACCUGUCCAUGGAGGACUACAGGAGAGUGAUGAGGGUGGUGGAAAGCGCAAUUCUGUCUACAGACCUAGCAGUGUACUUUAAGAAGAAGAAUCGUUUCAUGGAGCUGAUAGACGACGGGGAAUUCGACUGGCAGAGCGAGGAGAAGAAAGAACUGCUGUGCGGAAUGAUGAUGACCGCCUGCGACGUGAGCGCGAUAGCGAAGCCCUGGGAGGUUCAGCACCGAGUCGCCAAGCUGGUAGCCGACGAGUUCUUCGACCAGGGCGACCUGGAACGCCUGCAGCUGAACCAGCAACCGGUAGCGAUGAUGGACCGCGAGAGACGAGACGAGCUGCCGCAGAUGCAAGUCGGUUUCAUCGACGUGAUCUGCCUGCCGCUGUACAAAGUCAUGUCGGACACGUUCCCGUGGAUCAUGCCGCUCUACGACGGCACCAUGGAGAACAGGAGACACUGGCAGGACCUGGCAGAGAAGGUCGAGAUGGGCCUGACCUGGAUCGACCGCGACACGAUCGACGAGCCCGUCGAAGAGUUCGUGUCGUACGAGCCGAAGGACAUCGAGUUCACGGUGACCACUUUGAACUGCGCGCACGCGGACAGGAAGGACGUCCCGGAGAAAUCGUCGCUGGGCAGAUUCGCAUCCCUGAGGAAGGGCGGUCGGACGUUGAGCAAAGGGGUGAGACACCGCAUCAGCAGGUCCCUGUACGCCGGCAACACGCCGGAAGACACCGCGAAGACGAAAGCGCUGAUCCCUGAACGGAAAAGCCGCAACAAGCUGUGCUUGCUCAUUUGACGACUGACGUCGACUACGUUGGAGGGUCUGUGAAUGGAACCAGGUCGAUCGUACGAUCAGGAAGGUCAAUUCUUUCCCGCCCGCGGGCGGACGAAUAGAACGCUUGUAGCGUAAAGGUAUCGUGAAUCAUUGUCGACGACCGGCGGCGGCAGAGGCUGUCGGGGAAUCUUUCGAAUAGGCGAAUCCUGACGGAUAGAUGUUCGGUUACACGAAAGGGGUCGGAGGUUAGGGUAUCGCGGAUAACGAGGGAUGCUUGAGAGAUGAAGUUUAGAGUGCUGACAGUUUAGAGUUUAGCUGGCGGCUAGGUACCUACGUAGCUGAACGGGGGUUGGCGAGCUGCGGUGAUCGUUGCUGAGCACGACGUCGCGAACGGUGGGCCGAGGAUUCGAUUUUGACAAUCUUUUUUGUAUCGCGUCUCGAUAAAUCUUAGGGUAGAUCUCUCGAUGGACGGGGUGGAGACUGGCGAACGGUUGUUGCGUUGUUCCGUGCACGGGGGACAUUUUUAUAUAUUACAAGGGUGCGGGGCGAAGGAGGAUGAACACGUUCACGUUUCCGGGUGUUGAUAAGUGAGUUUGAAUUAAUCAUCUCGUUAAUCACUUGGCUUGGAAUGACUUCUCUUGUAUUCGUGGAAAUCUCGAGCUGAAAGCUCUGGUUUUCACUAAUGAGCACUACUUGACUAUAACACGGUGUAGACUUGUUACUUUAUUGGAGAUCCUUUUCAAGUGAUUAUUUCAGGUUGAACUAAAUGCCUGAGAAUGUCGUAUUCAAUUAACGGUGGUAAUGAUACGUCGCGAAAAUGGAGUAACCUUUGCGAUCACACGCAAAUUGUAAAGGCAACGGGUUAAACAGACGCACAUCAUUCGCACGGUUUUCGGUUUUCAAUUCCAAUUCAAGUGGUUACGUCACGACCCAAACCGAAGUGAGAAACGUAAACGCGAUUUCGCGUUCCGACUUUUAUACGAUCGAGUCCUGUGCGCGCGCGCGUACCGAAGUGCUCGAGGAUAGUCACGGACUCUUCGUGUUGACCCGUCGUUCUUGUAUUUCAUUAGACUCUGUUUCACCUCGUCGGCCAAGGGAGACGUCGACGGAGAGGAAAACGGUCGCGCCGAUUGGACAAGCUCUUUAUCUGGGAAUUAUCGAUGUCCCGAUUGAUGGUGACGUUCGCGAGAAUAUAUACAGUGCCGGGCGAACGACAUUUAACGCUGGAACUGUCGGACGAGCCGGAUGACCCAUUUCAAAUUUUUCGUUCCGUCGAUUCUGAGUACAUUCAGAUUUAUUAUCUCGUAAAUUUAGGAUGUGAUCAGAUUUGAUAUUUCGUAAAUUUCGGAUAUGAUCAGAUUUGAUAUUUCGUAAAUUUAGGAUACGAGCUGAUUUGAUGUUUCGUAAAUUUAGGAUACGAUCAGAUUCCUUAUUUUACUCCAAAGAUUUUGCCAGAUACUUAUUUUAGCACAUACAAAAAUAUAUGUUCUAUUUAUCUUUAACGAUUUUAACAGGAAUUGUUAAGUUCAAGUGCCUUGCCCGUGAAAACUGAGAUCGAACGAGAUGAAAAAUGAUUUUUGGAAUCUAAUUAAAAAUAUCUUUGUUAGUUCUUACGAGUGAUCAAAGACGAGUCGUUUUUAGCGUUCCAAGUUUCCAGUGUUGGAAACGUUCCCGGUUCGUUCGAUAUUCUUCAACGCUCGCGAAGACGAAUUUCCGAAAUUUGUCGCGUGCUCUAUGCCGGUCGUAAUAGACGAUUCAUUCGAAAAUUUGUUAGGUUUAUAGGAAACACCCUAGAGAGACUGAAUAAGGGAUACGAAAUGGUAACGUCGACUACCCGAAUUUUUACUACUGAGAUAACAUUGUAAUGAACCUUUGUUUCCUCGGAAUUCACUGGUAAUGUAAUUGUACAGUCAUCAUUUGGAUCGUUACGCUGUUAAGUAAAUUGUUGUUACGUCUCUAUCGCACCGAAAUGUAUAAAGAAGUUACGCAAAAGAAGAGAAUAAAGAUUAAGAAGAUUGAAUUGAGAAAGAAAAACGAAGAAAGGAAAGGGACGAGCCAGGCUCACAAGGGAAUCCUUCCAAUCAGCAGUUUUGUGAAACAGUUCUCAAAAAAAUAUUUAACUCAUAUUUCUUCUUAUCGGUCAACAUUCACUUCGAAGGGAUGAAAACACACCUCAAUCUUGAGGACUGAAAAUAUAUUUUUUCAAUAUCUCUGAAACUACGGAGUGUACAAAAGAAAUCUAAAUUGUUCAUUCUGAGGCGAACAAUUUCAAAAAUUGUUUUCCUGCAUCCUCCAGCUUCAGAGAUGUAAAAAAUAUACUUUCAACUCUGAACUUUGACGGGUGUUGUCGCCCGAUGAGUAAAAAUGUGAGUCAAAUAUUUUUUUGAUGAACCAUGUUUCACAGAUUCAUCAGAAAUCAGCUGGUCGAAAAGAUUCUCUUGUUAGUUCGACAGCUGCUGUUGGGUCUAACCUGUGCGAUUACGUUUGCAGACUUGUAAAUAUUUCAGAGUCUACCGUUUCUUCCUUUUUCUCGCGUAAUUUAAUGGUUCCAAUCACCGGCGACCGCUUCCUCCACCAAAGUCUCAAGAAUACUCGCGGUAUUCUCAAUUCCCCUGUGAAACGUUAAGCCCAUGAACGUACAACGUGCAACGACAAAAUGGCGAACACGCGUGGCAAUGGCGUCAUCUUAGAAAGAUGAGACAUGUUCGCGACGAAUACUGGUCAAUUACCUCUCGGAUCGAUGACGAGGGGAUCACACGCGCGGGAGCGGAGAUCUCGAUCUCCCGGAUCUAAGAAAUAAAAUAAAACUUUGUUUUACAAAACGAGUGAGACGGAAUCGAUUAUUUCGCGGGAAUUUCCAUCGACGAACGGAGUUCGCGGAGUCCUCGCGACGAAUUCGACGAUACUGAACGGAGGCCGAGGGAAGUCGUUCGUCCGAUAACUGUGUCUAAACAUCUCUGCGAAGAAGAAUCACGCGCGAGAAACAGAAGUGCGCGGGAUUGAGGUUUCAAGCGAACACGAGAAUUCAGUGCAACGAGCGAGACUGGUGUCUCUAGUAUUUUAAUAUAGCCGCGAAUGGGCGAGCAUGCCUGUCGAGAAGAUUAUUUGCGCACGAUUAAAUAAAGAUCUGAAUGUGCUCGAAACAUCACUUUUCUCUUACCCUCUUGAUCUCUCGCUUUUCUUCUCUUCCACUCUUGAUCGCUCGAUUCUCUUCCUCUUCCAAUCACUCGCUUCUUUCUCUCUUCUCUCUGGAUCAUUCGCUGCUUCACUCUUUCUCGCUCGAUCACUAACUCUUUCUCACUCGAUCACUAACUCUUUCUCUGUCGAUCACUUAUUAUUCUUCUGUUAUCCUUUUUCCCCCGAUAACUAGCAUCCUUCUCUUUCUCUCUCUCAGUCGCUCGUUUCUUCUUUUGAUCACUCAUUCUUCUCUGUCUCACUCGCUCGUUUCCUCUCUUUCCAACCAUUCUCCUUUCUUCUUUCUCUCUCGAUCACUCGGUUUUUCCUCGCUUAUUCUCUCUCAAUCGCUCGAUUCUUCCGUAGAACUCUUUCUCUCUUAAUCGCACAAUUUUUUCCUCUCUUCCCCUCUCGCUCGCACAGUCACUCGAUCUCUCUUUCUCAUCCUCCACUCGUAUCUCUUUAUCUGAAUCUCUCGAUCACUCGCAAUCUCUCGCAACAAUGCUCGCACUCCUCCCACUCUGACGAACGUACCCUUCGCAGUUGACUGAUCUCGGUGGCUUUUGACGCAGUUUUUAUUAAUAAAACAUUUAGAAAUUACACUCGAACGACGGUGUCCCUUUACACGCUAACGAAUCAGCAAACAUUUUGGUCCUACGAUUAAAUUAAGUAUAACAAACGGUUCUUCAUCGUCGUCAUCUUCUUCGUCUUCUCCUUCUUCUUCUUCUUCUUCUUCCCCUUCUUUUUUUCGUACACCGUACAUUUGUCGGGAAUUAAUUCGCUAUUUACAACGUUAUGCAACGUGUAAGUAUGUAAGUGUGUAUGUGUAUGUCUGUGUGUAUGGUGUGAGUGUCCGUGUAACGUUGCAUACGAGUAGAACCUGACACGAAGCAACGUUGCGACGCGGCUAAACGUGCCCAUACGCCAACAAUGGCCAGAAACGUUCCAUUGGAACCCACGAUAUGCAUUUCCCCUUGAUCUUUUGAUCUAUGCUCGUGAGCUAGCUCAUUUCCGAUCCUCUUUUAUUCCCUUUCCUUUUAGUUCCUUUCGUUCACUGGUCACACGGAAACAAACGUCGUGGCAGUGACGCGGCUAUAUUUGGCAAGAUUCAUUGAUCUUUCGAUUAACAGUGUUCGAGGCGUACAAACGUACGCGCCGUCACCUCUAAAAUCUACACCCGGCCUCGUGGAACGUGUGACGUCCGUCGCGUGAUUUUGUAUGGAACGACAGCGUCCAUUGACUCUAUGAUAGUAUGUGUUCACUGUUCGAUAACGGUGUAGCAGUACGUAACAACAGUGUGAUAAUUGUAUGAUAUUGUUCGAUAACUCUAUCACGACGUAUGACGAUUGUAUAAAGUGAGUAUGACGACGUGGCUACCACACGAUAAUUGUAUAAUAGUGUACGAUAACUGUAUGAUAAUAAUGUGGUGGCAUGUGAUAAUCGUGUGAUAAUAGUAUAAUUAUGAUAUCCGUAUGAAAUUAAAGUAUGACGGUGUUCAAUGACUGCAUCAUAACGAUACGAUGGUGUAGAAUAACUGUAUAAUAAAAUUAUGAUGCGAGUAUUGUACGGUAAGAAUGUAACGACACGGUAAUUGGAUGGUAGAAACGAUAUAAAAACUGCAUAAUAAUAUGUAAUGAACGUGUUACACUGUAUAAUACCGAACCGUGGUACUGUUCACUCGCGAGGAGGGUUUCACACGAACAUCGGAACACCUCGGACACUGUCAACAUCCAAGAAUCCAGGCCAUGAAAGUUUCACUCGGAUACACAAUACAAUUAAUCCCGUCGCAAAGUUACAUCGGCCGGCUCCGCAGCUCAUUGUGACCAAGGACGAGACCGAACACUUUAGAAUCCGCAAUGUAAAAUGAAUCCUUGCUCCUCAUAGUGAAACUGUGCGCGGUAGAUAAGUAUACCUGACGCUCGACACAGAAAAAGGCAUAACGAUUAUCAACGGUGAUCCGCCGCGGAUUUGAGCGGACAACACGCGACACACCCGCCUACGACAAUGCAAAUCAAUAGUCGCUUUUGAGAUCAACGCCGUUCCUUCGAACGAACAGAACCGGAAACGGAUUCAACGAAUGCCGAGCGACCAGCGUGACGGAUAAUACACAAGGAGGCUUGAGGGUGCAACCUCGACAGUCGAGUCGCUCGCAUGACGGUUCGUACAAAAAUAUAUAAAAUAAAAAGAUCAUCAUCAUCAUCAUCAUCAGCCACGCAUACAGUCACACACGUUCACCGAACGCCCGCGACACCUGGCCUGCUGACGCGUACACCCGUUGGUUAUCCUUGAUCACAAUGCUCGAGUAAAAUGAAACCGAUUUAAUACAAUACGUUCUACUAAUUACAAUCGCCUCUUCUCGUUAAUUUCAUCGUUCCUCACGUGUCCGUUCGUCAAGAAAUUUUGCCUGAGCCAAUCCAUGGAUCCCUUAGCGCAAAUACCUUGUGCCAGUUCAAUUUUGAUCGAAUUCCCUGUUCGUCUCCCGGUAUGUAAGGUUUGUCGACCACGGCGAGCGGAUAAUACCCUGGACCUAGGCUCAUGAAUGAAACGGUUCCGUGUACGUACGUGAAGCGUUCAUGGAAGAUACGUCGCGGAAGAGGAGAAACUGAAUUAGCCUGCGUUCGGAAAACAGAACAUACGCUGGAUAACGUUCUCGGUACUUGAGAUACAGGUGGCGAGUCAAAUUUGAGGGCAGGACUGUUCCGGCGGGAACACCGUGGAGCUCAAACUUGGCUCGUAAUUCGUGUCGCCUGUUAAAUGCAGAUGACAAGUUAAGUCUUUAAACGAACGGUAAAAAAAAUGACUUGAACCUUAUCGGACGCAGUUGCUCUUUGCACGCAUAGGUUUUGUUCCAUUUUUGUGGAGUCGCUUCGCCUUACGGUGGUUUACAGUUUAGUCUGUACGCGUACAAAAUUUAAACUUACACAACGUCAUGGUAUCGACGGAUGCCCGAACGUCGGCCGAGCUCGACGCGCGAACAUCGAAUACAAUUAUAUUCAUCCG